CUGGUACAUGACUUUCUCACAACUUCCCCCAACUCAUUCCGUUCUCGCGUUUUGACUCAUCCAGAAUCUCACCCCAGUCUACAUUGUUGUCCAUGUUAAGGUUGCACAAUGACUGAUCGAACAUCAAUUGUGCACAUUAAAGCAGCCGAAUCUGGCAACGACUUAGGAGAUCUCAAAACGACGAUAAAGAACCCCCAACAAAAUAAAAGUGGAUCCGAUGUUAGUACAAGGCGUUCAAGCAUUGCUGCUGGUGCACCGACCCUUUCAAAAACCGAGACUGUGCUAUGUGGGGCUACCGCAGGCGUAGUCUCGCGCUUUGUCAUUGCUCCAUUAGAUGUCGUCAAAAUCCGCUUACAAAUGCAAACACAGAGAAAGGACCUGUCCACGAUUUUAAGGCGGACUUCGAGCACAAAGAUUGAGGACGCUUUAAUAUCAAACAUUGGAAAACAGCAACAGCCAAAGUACAGGGGCAUGUUUACAGGAAUGGCUCUCAUCGUUCGAGAAGAGGGUAUUCGAGGACUCUGGAAGGGCAACAUGGCCGCUGAGUACUUAUAUCUCACAUAUAGCGGAAUCCAGUUCCUUGUAUACCAGCAAACCAAAGUUAUUCUUAAUAAAACAGCAGAGUUGUCAACUCAACAAGCAGCCAGUGCAACCCCUAGCUCCACAACAGGGUCAUUGAUCGCUGCCCCCUUUGGUGUGGUCUCUAAGCUGACAAGCUCCGCAGCUGUACAAUCAUCCAUUGCAGGAGCAAAUGCAGGUAUCAUAGCUACAGCAUGUACAUAUCCCUUCGAUUUACUCAGGACGAGGUUUGCUGUACAACGGGAUGUCAAGGUAUAUACAGGGAUCAUCCAAGCUUGUAAACACAUCUACCGCGCAGAUGGUAUUCCCGGGUUUUACAGGGGCAUGUCUCCAGCAUUGAUUCAAGUGAUUCCGUACAUGGGCAUUAUGUUUGGAUCUUAUGAUACACUCAAACGCAUUGCUCCAGCUGGGCAAUUUCUUUUGGGUCUAGAAGAUCUAUUGUGUGGUGGACUUUCAGGAGUGAUCUCUAAGACGGGUGUAUAUCCGUUGGACAUGGUUAGGAAGCGAUUGCAGAUCCAAGGGUCUGAACAACUAAAGUCCAUAACUAAAGAUUACUCACCACCCACAGGAACAAAAUUAUCGAGCAAUGGACUCCCUUCAAGUGUAUGGAAAUGUAUGGUACAUAUCGCAAGGACGGAGGGCUAUUUAGCCUUAUAUAAAGGGUUGCUUCCAGGGCUUGUCAAAGCGGCUCCUGCGAGCGCAGUGACCUUUUUAGUAUUCUCACAGGCUGGCUCGUUUGUGGAAAAGUUCCGUCAAAGGCCAUAA